AUGGUGAAAACGGAGAUCAAAGGAUUUCAAAUACUACCAAUAAACAUACGAGGAACAGUGUCAACCCAUUACGUAUAUUUCAAGAAGCAUGAUUCUAGGACUAAUCCCGAUAGCACCAACAAUACAUCAAUCUUUCUUUGCAACUUGCCAAUACUAAGCGACUUGCAAACGAUUAAGAAAUACUUUCAAUCGGUGGCUUUAGGAGCAACGAUUGAAGGUUACACCCAAUCAUACUUGACAGACACCACAGAAGAUGUAUGGCUAGAUUUGACAAAGUUAACAUCUGACUUACCUGUGGGGAAUACCGACGAAACUGCCAGUAAGUUACCCAAAAAUUGUGCAGUGGUUACAUUUAUAGAUAAGAGCUCCUUCCAGUUGGCGUUCAAUUCAUUGAAAAGGUUAGCGUCAAGUGGUACUGUAUCUACUUGGCCAAUGAAGGAAAUUACCUCCUCGUACUUCUUGAACCUUUACAAGCUGAAGAUCUUGGACAAGGAAAAGCUUUCUGAGAAGGUGGCACAAGCGUUGAAAGAUUUUGAUAAUGCAGAACAAGAGAGUAUUGAGAAUUUGCAAAACCAAGCAAGCUUGGUUGAUGAAGAUGGGUUCCAGUUGGUGGUAGGAUCCCAUAGGAAAACGAAAGCUGGUAUACUUGGAAAACAGAACUUGGCAUCAACCGUUGAAAGUGAAAAAGCAAAGAAUAAAAUGAAGAAGAAGGAGAAACAAGAUUUCUAUAGAUUCCAGUUGAGGCAGCGAAAAAAAGAGGAAAUGAAUGAGCUAUUGAGUAAGUUCAAGUCCGACCAAGAGAAGGUUAGAUUGAUGAAGGAGAAGAAACGUUUUAGGCCUUAUUAG